CCAACAAAAGAAUGAAUUCCUCCACACAUUUAUCCUUAUUGUUCACCAUUUUAUUGAUCUUUAUUCCUCAUGUCAUUUCACAAACAUCAACUCCAAAAUUGUAUGAAGUUGUAUGCAAAAAUGCUUCCAAUGACGACCUCGAACAACGUUGCUUGAAUCUCUUUGAAGACAACCAUGAAAUAACUUUAGCCAAAGACGAUCUUACCCUUUGCAAAUUAUUCUUAAACAUGGCAAUACACAAGUCAUCAAAAGCCAAAAAUUACCUCAAAAGUUUGAUUAACAAAUAUCCUUCUUCUAAAGUCAUUAAAAAAUGUGUAACCGAUUAUUACGAUGACUUGGUUUUCUCGUUGAAAAGUUCGUUGAGUGAGUUAGUUAAAAAUCCACUCCUUGCAAACUAUGAUGCCGUAAUUGCUGGCGACGGACCCAAGAAUUGUGAAAGUGACUUAGGUAGGGAAAAGAUAGUUAACAGUUCUUCUAUUUCUACAAUUAAUAAUGAGAUGCAAUUUCUUAGUUAUGUUGCAUAUCUAGCCACAGCCAAUCUUUAGAAAUGAA